AGUGCCAUCGGCCGCAGCCUCCCGCUGCUCCGAACGGCCCAUCCCGAGACUGCCACCGCCUCCUGGGCUCACACACUGCUUGUCGAAGUGGGUGUUCAGGGGUUUGCUCUUCUCUCGCCAUCACUGAGGCUGUACCUGGAGGAAGGGAACCAAAAGUCCCCUCACGGCCCACCCCACACCCUUCAGUCUCCCUCCGAAGAGGAGGCAAGGGAAAGGCACCCUGUUCAGCUUCAGGCAGCUGUGAUCUGCGAGAGCUGUGAGCUCUGGCUCAGCGGGAGGAGGACACAGGAGCUGAGCCAGUCAGCUACAGAUUACUGGAAGGCACGAGCAUGACUCUACUCAUUGACAAAGGAGAGGAGCUCACUGAGAGGAGGUGAAAUCACAUCUUAAAACUCUAGGUAAAAAACAGCUCUAAAGAGCUCAUUAUUGGAUGUCAACAUGAAAGCAGGAAUCUACAUACUUCUCUUAAGUGAAAUAUGUUUUGAAUUCAUCCAGGCUGAUAUCAAACCUAAAUUUCCAAAGGAGGAAAAAGAGAUUAAUUUCUUGGAAAGAAAUAACAUCAGUAUUUCCAAAGAGUGGUAUCAUCACAAAAAUAUCUCUAAGCCUUUUGAACACCAAGGUUUUGAAGACCAAGGUCUUGAAGUCUUCACUCUUCACAACUUCACUGAAAAGACUGCAAAUUUUGGUUUUAACCUCUACAGAAAAAUUGCAAUGACACAUGAUAACAAUGUAAUCAUCUCUCCAUUUUCUGUGUCAGCUCUCAUGAGUGUCUAUAUGAUGGCAGCCAAAGGAGAAACACACAGACAAAUUGUAAAAGGUCUAAACCUCCAUGCUGUGAAGGACAGAGCGGAUCGCCAACAUUUACCAGCUUUGUUUAAACAACUGACAGGUAACAUCACAAUGAAUGAGGAAUUUCUCCUUGUGCAAGGUGUUCUUUCUUUUAUUCAAAAGGACUUCAAACUCAAGGAGUCUUUCCUGAAUUUAUCUAAGCAGUACUUUGAUAUGGAAUUCCUGAAAGUGGACUUUGAAAAUUUAACUCAGGCAAAACUUUUCAUCAAUCAAAACAUUAACAAAAUGACCAAAGGAAAAAUCCCAAGGCUUUUUGAAGAGCUGGACCGCCAUAAUAAAGUGGUGCUUGUGGACUACAUUUUCUUUAAAGGUAAAUGGGUCUAUCCAUUUAAUUCCAAAUUCACGGAAAUUGAGACUUUCCACAUAAACAAAUACAGAAGUGUACAGGUACCCAUGAUGUUCAAGUCAGAUAAAAUUAAUUCCACUUUUGAUGAGAACUUAAGAUGCACUGUGAUUAAGAUACCUUACAAAGGGAAUGCCCACAUGCUGAUUGUUAUCCCAGAAAAAGAGGGAGACUACAUUUCAAUUGAAGACCAUUUGUCUACAGAGCUUGUGGAAUCCUGGCUUGGAAACAUGAAAACCAGAAAAGUGGAUAUUUCAUUUCCAAAGUUUAAACUAGAGCAAAAAUACAAACUGAAGAAACUGCUUCAAGGUCUUGGAAUUAAAAAGCUCUUUACACGUUCAGCAGAUCUUAGUCAUUUGACAGAUCACGAAUAUGUAGCAGUUUCACAGGUUGUCCAAAAUGCAGUUAUUGAAGUGGAUGAGGAAGGAACUGAGGCUGCAGCAGCAAGUGGCUCAGAAAUAACUGCAUUCGCAGUGCCUCCUGUCAUCAGAGUGGACCGGCCAUUCCUUUUCAUGAUUUUUGAAGAAACUUUUAAAACAUUACUGUUCAUUGGCAGGGUGGUUGAUCCAACAGAAAUGUGAAUAAAGGUAAUAGUUUCUAUUCUUUGGUAUGUAAGACACUUUAUUUUUAUUA